GAUGAAGAAGGUGGUUUAAAGAAUGAGAUGACAGGAGAUCAAGGAGAAGAACUUUCUAAUCAACCAAAGAAGGGAAAGGAGAAGAAAAAGAAGAGAAAUGCAUUUAAUGAAGAUGAUUUACUUGAGGAAAUGGCAGCUCUACAGGUUGAAUCAGGAGGUGGGCAACCGACCGAAGAGACAACUGAUACACCAGUGCCAGACCCACAACCAGCAGGCAAACAGAAAACUAGAGGUGGUAAGAAAGGAAAGAAGGGCUGGGAUGAGGAUGAGCUAAUGGCUGAGGUUGCUGCCAUUGAAUCAGCUGGUAAAGGAUCAGGAAAGAAGAAAGAAAAGGAAACUGUGGAAAACCAAAAAGAAACAGAGAUUUCCAUGGAAACUAAUGAUACAGUUCCUGAGCAGAGCCAGCCCACUGGCAAGAAAGGAAAGAAAAAGAAAGGAAAGGCAAAAGAUUGGAAUGAAGAUGAACUUCUUGAAGACAUGGCCGCAUUGGAGGAGGAAAAACCCCUUCCUAGUGAAACCAAAACCCAAGAAGUUCCAAAGAAAGAGGCUCUAGAUGGCCAAGAUGAUGAGGAGGAUUCCGGCCCAGUCAUGAAGACCGCUGCUCAGAAGAAAGCUGAGAAGAAAGAACGAGAGAAGAAGAAGAAGGAGGCACAGCGAGAGGAAGCAAGGAGGAAAAAGCAGAAAGAACAAGCCAAAGAAUCAGAGAAAUCAGUGGACGUCAAUGAAGAUGAUGAAGGUGCUAAACAUAAAGAAGGGGAAGGGGAGCCUCAAGAAGAUGAGGGAGAUGAAGCGGAGGAAGAGAGUGGAAAGAAGAAAAAGAAGAAGAAGGGGAAGAAGGGUGAGGAAGAUGAGAAAAAGAAGAAGCCUGGCAAAGGACAACUGAAACUGAUGCAGGAAGCUCUCAAGAAGAUGAAAGAAGAAGAGGAGAGAUUAAAAGCAGAAGAGGAAGCUAAACAGAAAGCUGCAGAAGAAGCAGAAAAUCAGAGACUUGAAAAGAUUAGGUUAGAGAAGGAGAGGAAAGAGAGGCAGAAACAAAAGAAAAAGGAAAGAAUAGAGCAGAUGAAAUUGGACGGUACUUACCUGACUCCAAAAGAAAAAGAGAAGAAACGUCGAGCGGAGGAGAUGUUGAGGGCUAUGAAAGAACAGGGUUUGGCCAUCCCUACCAAAGGCAGCGAAGAAACUAGGGUUCUCUACGGCAAACGAGACAGAAGGAAAAAGAAACAAGAUGUCCAAUCUUCAAAAGAAAACAAUAAUCAAGAACCAGUGGAAGAGGAGAAAUCUGAAGAACAGUUGACUGAUUCUACAUCUGCUGAGAAUGAGAAAGGAGAGAAGGAGGAAGAAGAGAAGACCGAUAAUGAGGUCAAAGAUUCUUGGGAUGCAGAGGAUGAUGUAGCUGAUAACUGGGAUGAAGAUAGUGAUGAGGAGAAAAAGGAAGAUGAAGCAGAGGAAGAAGCCGAUAAAAUACCCAAAGCCAAUAUCACCAUCAAAUCACAAGAGAUCAAAGAGGAUGAAGAGGAGAGUGAAGAAGAAAGUGAAGAAGAGGAAGAAAGCAGUGAAGAAGAUGAGGAGGAGGAAGAAUCUGAGAGUGAUGUCGAUGAGAGCGAUGAUGAGAUGAGCAAAGAAGAGAAGAUAAGGCAUAGAGCUAUGCAGAGGAUAGAGAAACGUAGGGAAGAGGCUGAAAAGCGAAGGUCAACGGAUCAUCUGAGAUCUCCUGUAGUGUGUGUCUUGGGUCACGUAGAUACCGGUAAAACCAAGAUCUUAGACAAGAUCCGUCAUAGUAAUGUACAAGAUGGAGAGGCUGGAGGCAUUACUCAACAGAUAGGUGCUACCAUGGUCCCUCAACAGGCUAUACAAGAUCAAACUAAGAUGUGUAGAGAGUUUGUCAAAGAAGAAAUGAAGAUUCCUGGUCUUCUUAUCAUCGACACACCUGGUCACGAGUCUUUCAGCAAUCUCAGAUCAAGGGGGUCAUCGCUAUGUGACAUCGCUAUCCUAGUCGUUGACAUCAUGCACGGUCUGGAGCCUCAGACGAUAGAAUCAAUCAACCUCUUGAAGCAACGCAAGACACCUUUCAUAGUAGCCCUUAAUAAGAUUGAUAGGUUAUUUGAAUGGAAGACCAGUCCCAAUACAGAUGUGACUAACACAAUCAAGAAACAGAAGAGAAAUACUAGGGAUGAGUUUGAAGAAAGAACAAGAAAUAUCAUCACAGAGUUUGCUGAGCAGGGUUUGAAUGCUGCCCUCUUCAAUGACAACCCAGAUUCUAAGACGUACAUCUCCCUCGUCCCUACGUCUGCUCAUUCUGGAGACGGUAUGGGAAACCUUAUCUCACUAAUCGUCACUCUCAGUCAGACGUUACUUGCAAAGAGACUAGCCUUCUCAGAGAUGCUGCAAGUUACCACAUUAGAGGUGAAAUCACUACCUGGUCUUGGUACAACGAUAGAUGUAGUUCUGGUGAAUGGAACACUAAAAGAAGGAGAUACGAUAGUAGUAGCUGGUCAGGAAGGUCCUAUCGUAUCCCAGGUCAGAGGGUUAUUAAUGCCACAGCCUCUUAAGGAACUCAGAGUCAAGAAUCAGUAUGUGAAACAUAAAGAGAUCAAAGGAGCCCAAGGAGUGAAGGUAUUAGCCAAGGAUCUAGAGAAAGCUAUGGCUGGACUUCCUAUGUUAGUAGCUGAACAUCCUGAUGAAAUAGAGAUCCAUAAGGAAGAAGUAUCACGCCUCCUGAAAGCUGCACUGACAAGCAUCAAGCUCACUGAGAGGGGAGUCUAUGUCCAAGCUUCAACACUUGGCUCUCUUGAAGCUCUCCUUGAAUUCCUCAGGACUUCCAAAAUUCCAUACUCUGGUAUCAACAUUGGUCCAGUUCACAAGAAAGAUGUCAUGAAGGCAUCAGUCAUGCUGGAACACGACAGUCAGUACGCCGUCAUCCUGGCCUUUGACAUCAAAGUAGAACGCGAUGCCCAGGAGCUGGCCGACCGUGAGAACAUCAAAAUCUUCCAAGCCGAUAUCAUCUACCAUCUCUUUGAUCGAUUCAUGGCUUACCGUGAAGAAUUAAAGAAGAGGAAUAAGGAACAAUACAAACAUAUAGCCGUCUUCCCCUGCAAGUUACGAGUCCUUCCUCAACACAUCUUCAAUGCAAGAAAUCCCAUUGUCAUAGGGGUGUCUAUUGAGGGCGGUAUUGUCAAGCAAGGCACUCCGAUCAUUGUUCCUUCAAAAGAAAACUGUGAGAUUGGUGUUAUAAGCAGCCUGGAACUGAAUCAUAAGAUGGUUGAUACAGCUCGCAAGGGACAAGAGGUCUGCGUUAAGAUAGAAAAUGUUUCUGGUGACGCCCCUAAGAUGUACGGAAGACACUUUGAUCACAACGAUCUCCUCGUUAGCAAGAUCAGCAGAGAAUCAAUAGACGCUGUCAAGACCUACUUCAGGGAUGAGUUAGAGAAACCUGAUUGGCUUGUGAUGAUCGAACUCAAGAAGAUGCUAGGAAUAUUGUGAGAUCAAUUCAUCUACAAACCUUUGACAGUUCAGAACUCUACCACAAGUCCUUAAUCGGGACUUCCUAACAGCAUUGGUUGAAUGGAAAGACUGUGCAUGAUUCAUUGAGAUACAUCAGAACGGGUUUGUUGCAGUGAGAGAUAUGGAACAUUGUGGAUGAAAGGAUGUCGUGUGCUACAAAGCCUUAGACUUGCACAGAAAAGGAGAAUAGUGAAGCCCUUUUGUCUGUUGAGAGCAAGACAGUAAGUUCGCUAUUCUAAUUUGAAUGAAAGAUAGUUUUUAAAAUCAUGUGGGAUCAAUAUGGUAUUGGAUCAAUUAAUUUCUUGACCAUGGAUCUAUUAACAGACAUCUUGGAUGCCAAGACUCCACAUUUGGAUGUAUGCUACCAUCUUGUGAAAUCAGUAGCAGUCAGUCAUCAAGAAAUAAAAAAGCAAAAUGAAAUUCCAUUUCCUGAAAGACUUAAGCAUCAGCCUUCAUGGGAACUUUGACACCAUUCCAGGUGAUGCUUCAUAAAGACUUAUAAUAACAAAUGCACAAAAAAUUCACUAUCAGCCAAUCAUAUUAAAAGGUUUCACUGGCCCUAAACUGUCAUUGAAAUUGUUUUAUUGUGACAAGUUUUAUGAAACAGGUCCCUGGUGUUUACCCAGUAACAGACUUUGUCCAUCAUCCAUAGUGGGACUGAGUUUUAUGACUGACAGAUGUUCUCUAUAUUCCCCCCAUUGCCUCAUUGUCAUCUCAAUUUCCCUGGCCCAAUAAUGCCCAAAGUAGAUCAUCAAUUUCUGCUGUGGCAAAGCUUCUUUUAGCUUUGCCCCAAAGAUGUAGUUCCAUUGUGAUUUUCACAAGGUCUUGUGUUAUCUCAUCAAAAUUCACGACUAACAUGGAAGCUCAUGACUUAGUGCUUAUUAGAGACCAUGGCAAAGUUACACAAAGGUUUGUCAUCAAUCUCACAAUCGCUAUGACAAUCCAGAUUGACAUAUGGGGAAAUGAGUCAUACAGUCAUAGGGAUUGAUCCUUAAAGCUUUACUCAUGGCAGUACUCAUGACUGGAUCUUGUAUUUUGGUGCUAUCAAAUUCUCAAUCUUUGUAAAUUCCAUCAGUUGAGGAGGUAUGAGAUUUGUAGAUUAUGAAAACCCAAAUACACACGUACACACAUAUUCUGUUUCAGCUUUGAUUGACAAUCAGACUUCUCUUUAUUAUUCCAAUCCCUCCGACCGGUUUCAGUAAAUCCAGAUUGGCACCUUCAGACUAGACUAGUCUGGUUGUGUGGAAAAUCUAUUUUAAUGAAUCAUCAUCGAUUGAUUGGAAGUUUUAAUGAUAUGAUUGCCAUUUUUGUGUAUUAGAUUUUGACUUUUUUUCCUAUCAAAUUUAUUUAUUAUUGUUUCAUUCUGAGCUACAUGUUGUACUCGCUGAUAAGAUCUCCAAUAUAUGAGUCUGAUAUGAGAGACUAAAAAUGGCAAUUUUUGUGUGCAUUGUAUGUUGACAUGUCAUUCCCGAAGGUUCAAAAUAAGUACGAAUAUGUCUAUUUUCGAUUUAGACUUUUUCUCCUAUCAAAUUUAUUUAUUUUCUCCCUUUAAUUCCCUCAUUUGUUAUUGUGCAUGAAUGUGUAUAUUAAAAUGACAAACUUUUAGUUUAACUAAAGAGAUUAUUGCAUUAUAAUUAGAGAUAGUGGCAAGUAUACUAAGUAGACUAUAUUUUAAACUUCCUUUCACUACAAAAACUUGAAGAUUACAUUUCAAAAAUGUUACUUACACACAUAUCUUCAAGAGAUAAUGAGUUUUGUCAAAAGAGAGAGAGAUUUUCUUCUCAAUUCUUAAACAUUCUGCUAAUAUACUAUAUGUGUUUAUGAGAAUCGGAUAUAAGAAUUUAUGUUUUCGUUGUAUACCUAAACAUGCUCCAGGGAUGUGUUUUCGCAAAGAAAUUGCAACCAACUAUGGCAGGCCAGUUUGCUUUCACAAUCAGGCUCAUCAGCAGAUGUUCAAAUUUUUGUUAUGACCAAUGGUGAAAACAAGCGGUGGCAUGAAUGGCUACUAUACAUGUAGUUAGUUGGAUUUUGGUUGAUUUCAAUCUUUGUGAAACAGACUCCGAUGUUGCAUAUUUACCGACACCUGCAAUUACUCUGGUCUGUACUCACACCCACUUUGACUAUGUAGAAAAUCAGAAGCCUUUUAUAAACAUAAAAGAUGAUAAUCAAUGGUAGAGUUGAUAAAGUCAUUUACAACACUGAGCAUAAAUUACAAUUGAUUGUUGAUAUUGAUUGUAUCACCACAUGGUUUAGGGCUCUGUAACACAAAGAUUAGCAAUUAAUCAUUAAUAUGAAAGAACAAAUCUGAUUGGUUCCUAGUCAGUCUAAUGCACAUGCAACGAUGGUCUUGAUAGGCCUUUUCAUUUAGUGAUUAAUUGCUAACAUUUUGUGUUACGGGGCCCAGGUGGAUUAACACAAAUAGGUCUUUGGUUGGUGGAAAACAGAGUCAUGAUAUCUUUGAAUGAAGUGAAAGAAAAGAGAUGAGAAGAAUUGAUGCUUGGUUACGAUUGAUAUUUCUUGCAUGUGAUGAUGAUGAUGGGAUGAUGAAAUUUCAAAUCUAUAUAUUCCAAGCAAAUGAUGAAUAUGAAUAUUAUUCAUGCCAUGGGCAUUUCUAUGUCAGUUGCAAUGCAAAUAAAUCUUACUUUGUCUAAAGGAA